GGGGUGGCGGCAGGGCCCGUAGUGGCGGCGGUGGCAGGGCAGGGCGGCGGCGGGAGCGGGCGGCCGGAGACACGGUCCGUGUAGCGCUGGGCCAAGCGCAGAGCCAUGGGCCGGGCUGGGACCGGGACCGGGGGCGCGGCGGGGCCGCUGUUGCUGCUGCUGCUUGCUUGGCCCCCUCCUGCCGCCCCCGGUGACACCAGGAAGAGUGACAUCAGGCUGGUGUCUGAGCAGUUCUCACAGUCCCCGCAGAAGCUGUCUUUCUACAGCUGGUAUGGCAGCGCCAGACUCUUCCACUUCCAAGUGCCCCCGGACACCGUACUGCUGCGCUGGCUGCUGCAAGUGUCCCAGAGUGGCGGCCCCACGUGUGCCAACGUGGAGAUCACUGUGUACUUCCGCUAUGGCGCCCCUCCGGUCAUCAACCCACUGGGUACCAGCUUCCCUGCCAACACCUCUGUGCAGCCCUCCUUCUUCGUCAAGAUGUUUCAGAGCAACACUUCCAUCAACGUCUCCCACCCAGCACCUGGGGACUGGUUUGUGGCUGCUCACCUGCCCCCCUCAUCCCAGAAGAUUGAGGUGAAGGGCUUUGUUCCCACCUGUGCCUACAUCUUCCAGCCUGACAUGCUGGUUAUGCGGGUAGUCGAGGUCUCCAUCCUGGAGCCCGACAUACCCUUUCCACAGACCCUCCUCUCCCACCCCAGCUACCUCAAAAUCUUCGUCCCCGAGUACACCCAGGAACUGCGGCUGGAGCUGCAGGGCUGUGCGUCCAAUGGGACCCUGGGCUGCCCUGUGCGCCUCACGGUGGGCUCAGCUACCUUACCCAGCAACUUCCAGAAGGUGCUCACCUGCACUGGCCCCACCCAGGCCUGCUACCUGCUGCUGCCCUCACCGCCCUGGGACCGGUGGUUGCAAGUGACCGCCAGGAGCCUGGCAGGGCCCCACAUAUUGGUGGCUUUCAGCGCUAUAGCUGUUCUCACAGCCUGCAGGCCUUGGAUUGUAAACUUCCAGCAUCUUCUGCAGAGCAGUCCAAACCAGAGCUGCAACACUUCCACUGGCCUGCUCUCCCCAAGCCCUGGCUACCAGGACCUGGGCAGGAACAGCAGUGUGGGUGGCAGCCCCUUUUGCCUCAUGAACUACCAGGUCAUGCGGGAAGACACGGACGUGGUGUCUGUGCACUUCAGGCCCCUAGACAGCGUCUCCGUGCUGGUGCAGUCAGACAUGCCUUCGGUGAUGCGGCUGCAGCUCAACACAGGCAUGGACAGUGGGGGCUCCCUCACCAUCUCCCUGUGGGCCAACAAGAGUGUGAUUUCCAACAACACCUUGGUAAUGGUCUGCGUGAAUGCUGCCUCACCCUUCCUCGGCUUCAACACUUCGCUCAACUGUACCACAGCCUUCUUCCAGGGCUAUCCAUUGUCUUUGAGCACCUUGUCUCGCAAGGCCAACCUUAUCAUCCCCUACCCAGAGACAGACAACUGGUACCUCUCCCUGCAGCUUGCAUGCCCUCAGAGUCCUGAGGAGUGUGAGAAGGCCUCAGUCCUCGUGGAGACCGCCUUGUACUUGGUGCCCUGCUUGAAUGACUGCGGCCCGUACGGCCAGUGCCUCCUACUGCGCAGACAUGGCUACCUGUAUGCGGGCUGCAGCUGCAAGGCAGGCUGGCGUGGGUGGAGCUGCACAGACAACAGCACAGCCCAGACCAUGGCCCAGCAGAGGAUGGCCACGCUCCUCCUCACCCUCAGCAACCUCAUGUUCCUGGCUCCCAUCACCCUCUCUGUGUACCGCUGCCUCCUGGUGGAGGCCUCCGUCUAUGCCUACACCAUGUUCUUCUCCACGUUCUAUCAUGCCUGUGACCAGCCGGGGGAGGCGGUGCUGUGCAUCCUCAACUAUGACACGCUGCAGUACUGCGACUUCCUGGGCUCUGGAGUGUCCAUCUGGGUCACCAUUCUCUGCAUGGCACGGCUGAAGGCAUCCCUGAAAUAUGUUCUGCUUCUACUGGGCACACUGGUGUUCGCCAUGUCUUUGCAGCUGGACCGCAGGGGCGCCUGGAACAUGAUGGGGCCUUGUCUCUUUGCCUUUGUGGUCAUGGUCACCAUGUGGGUGUACCGCUGUGGGCACCGGCGCCACUGCUAUCCCACCUCAUGGCAGCGCUGGGUCUUCUACCUCCUGCCCGGCAUCUCCAUGGCUGCUGUGGCCAUUGCCAUUUACACCUCCAUGAUGACCAGUGACAACUAUUACUACACACACAGCAUCUGGCACAUGCUUUUGGCGGGGAGUACGGCAUUCCUGCUGCCACCACGUGACAAGCACGCUGAGCCCUGGGCCUGCUCACAGAAGCUCACCUGCCACUAUCAGAUCUGCAAGAACCACAGAGAGGAGCUGUACACGGUGACAUGAUACAGCCAACUCAGGGACACCUGCAGCUUUGAUGAUCAUCUCUCCAGCCAGGGGCAGGACCAAGGGAGAGGGACCCUGUCCAGAUGGAUUUCCAACUGAAUAAAAUUGCCUUGUGCACCCA